CUGUUCUUGUUUCCUGUAAAUGUUCUGUUUCUCUAAAGAACUUUAGCUUAUCCAUAAGAUAAUAAUUGGAUCUUGAAUGCUUCUGAUUGGAUCUUGAAUACAUUAUGUUCCAAAAUGAUCUUUCUUAAGGAAACAGAAGUAGGUGUACAUUUAAAGAUAUACUCUUUGUGUUGCUUUAUAGAUGAAGAUUUGGUAAUGAAUAUGAACGGCAAUGUGAAACAAUCAAUCUUUUUUUUUUUUUUUUUGGUUUUGUAUUGAAUUUUCAUCCUUUGAUAAUGAAUUGAUAUUUUUCUGAGGAAUCUGGUAUUCUUGUUUAUUUAAUCUUUUCUUUUAGGUUUUCCCACAAGCUGAUUGAUGAAAAUGUCAAUGAGCAGCUUGUGUGGGAACCUUUGAUAUUCUUUGUUGAAUGUUCGUAUAAUCAAAUUUAUUUCGCAAAGGAAUGAUCAUUCGAUUGAAUCACAACAAUGGAGCUUUUUACUGCAAAUUGUCUGUCCACGGAAAACAAACCUCUUGAGCUUUCAAAACUGGUCAUAGAAGAUAAAAGCUCGGUUAAAAAGAACACUGAAAACACCAUUACACCUGUAAAUCAUGGCAUCUUAUUGGUUGCAGGUGUAAAGGUGUGGCAAGAGAACAGAGAAAAAUGGGUGGGAGAUCAAUCUCGACAAAGAAAAAAGACUACAAAGGAUCAGAUUAUAAGUUGGUCCACUACAUAUGAAGAUCUUCUCUCAACUCAUGAACCUUUCUCUGAGUCGAUUCCUUUACCCGAGAUGGUGGACUUUCUGGUCGAUAUAUGGUAUGACGAAGGCCUUUACGAUUAGAAGAAGAAUCUAACAAUGCCAUCACAUCGACAAAAGAACAAAGAAAAAGAGAUUCAAUUAAAAUCAUUAGGAGUUACGAAAACAUCUACUCUUAAAACUAUCUUUUGUGACCACUCACAUACUCCAUUUGUAACACUUGUAUGAUUGUUAAAUGAGAACAAAACUGAUUCCAAAUAAGUCUUGUUACUUUAAUGCAAAACACAACAUCAGCGAGGA